AUGGCAGGACUCAAUUUUGAUAACUACCAGAGAAACCAGUUCUUGAUCACGAAAGCAGGAUACAAGGCACCAAAGGCCACCUCCACAGGUACGACUAUUGUGGGUUGUAAAUUUAAAGGUGGUGUAAUUAUUGCAGCUGAUACCCGUGCAACAGCAGGUCCAAUAGUUGCAGAUAAAAACUGUGAGAAACUACAUCGUUUAUCACCAAAGAUCUGGUGUGCCGGUGCCGGUACAGCAGCCGACACUGAGAUGGUGACUCAAUUGAUUGCAUCAAACCUUGAGUUACAUUCUCUGAACACAGGGAGGGAAUCUAGGGUUGUUUCUGCGAUGCAGAUGUUGAAGCAGCAUUUGUUCAAAUAUCAGGGAUACAUCGGAGCCUACUUGAUUGUUGCUGGAGUUGACCCAUCUGGUGUUGGACUUUUCAGUAUCCACGCACACGGUAGUACGGAUGUUGGAUUUUAUAUGUCUUUGGGAAGUGGGUCAUUGGCAGCCAUGGCUGUUUUGGAGAAGGACUGGAGAGAGGAUAUGAGCAAGGAGGAGGCAAUGAAAUUAGCAUCGGAGGCAAUCCAGGCUGGUAUUUGGAACGAUUUGGGUUCUGGGUCGAACGUCGAUUUGUGUGUGAUGGAAAUCGGCAAGGAUGCACAACUGUACAGAAACUACCAAACGCCAAACGCCAGAGAGAAAAAGCAAAACAACUACAAGUUCCCAAGAGGAACGACGGCCAUCCUUAAGGAGAGUGUCUGGAGUAUGUUGGAGGUGGAGGAGAUGGAGGUAGAUGUUAGAUGA